UCAUUCAAUAAUUAUUUUAUUUUUAAUGUUUUAAGAAAAUAAAAACUAUAGUGGUUUAUUGAAUAACAGUAACAAAUAUAUUGUACAUAGUGUUGAAAUAUUUAUUAAACGUAAUAAUAUACGUAGCAUAAUUUAGCAAAAUAUGGCAUUAGCAGGCCCCAAAAAACGUGUGUCAAAAAAAUCCAAAGCUUCUUGGAGAAAACACGUUGAUAUUAAAGAUGUAGAUGAAUUUCUCGAUGAUAAGCGUCUUCAAGAAAGACUUGGAAAAGAAUUUUCUCUGCGAACUAAUGAUGAGCUUUUUAAAGUCGAUGAGAAACCAAGUGAUGUGCAACUCAGCUCGAAGCGAAGUAAAAGAUUGGCUUUGCAGAAGGCCCCUUUAAAAUGUUUUGCAAUGCUCGAAUCACAUUCAAAAGUUUCUGAUCCUAUCGCAAAAAGAAACCGAGUGCGAACAAAAUUGGAGCGACAAAAAGGUCUGGUAGAUCGUUAUGUUAAAGUAAAAGAUAAAAUCAUAAAAAGGCAGCAAAAAUUGAUCAAAAAGGGUAAAGAAAAUAAAGACCACGAGGAACAAUGUGUGGCGAACAUUUGGAAUGAGAAUGAUGAUCCUUUGAAAUCGAUGCCAGAAUGGCUGAAUAAAGAUUGUGUUAAACAUAACUUAAGAAAUUCUGGGCGUACUAUUAAAACUGUACCUAAAUCAGUAGUAUCGAAACAGGUAUUUAUGUCAGCUGUUGAAGCUCCUCAUCCCGGAAUGUCUUACAAUCCUAGUGUAGCUGAUCACAGAAAUUUAUUAAAGAUAAUAGUUGAUAAAGAAAAAGAAUUAAUCAAACAAGAAGUGCAUUUGAAUCGUGUUACAUCAAAAUUCUUCAGAAAAGUUUCACCUUCGCAAAAAGAAAAGGACAUGUUAGCAGAAAUGUCUGAAGGUUUACCAAAAACCGUUCUUGCCAACGAUGCUGAUAAUGAUGAUAAAUCUGAAAGUUCAGAAUCUGAAAACGAUGAAAAUGGAAAUCCAGCAGUAAAAAAUAAGAAAAAAGAUCUCAAGCAAAAAAGAAAAGCCAAAGAACAGAGGAUAUUGAAACUUCAAUUGAGAAAGGCACGUGUAGAAAAGAAGAAAGUAGCCGAUAUUUACAAACUGAAGAAAUUAGCACAAAAAAUAGCAAAAGCUGAAGAAAUUGAAAAGAAAGUUCAAGAAAAACGUAAAAUAAAACAAGAAGAAAAGUCAAAGGGAACUAAAGUUCUUGGAAAAGUUAAAUUCGAAGAACCUGAAUUAGAAUUCAACAUGAAAAAAGAAAUUGCUGGUAACUUAAGAAAUGUUAAAAAGGAAGGAAAUCUUCUGUUGGAUAGAUUUAAGAGCUUACAAAAACGUAAUGUCAUUGAACCCACAGUUUCUCAAGGACUCAGAAAGAGAUCUAAAGUUAAACGAUUUACCAAAAAGUCACAUCAAGAUGUAUAAUGUGUUUAUAUAUUGCUUUACAUUAAACUUAAUGAAAUAUAAAACAAAAUGACAUCUAAUAUGUGUUUAAGCUUUUCA